AUGGUCAGGCAUUUUAUGAGAAAAGUGGUUAGAAGUCUCUUGGACGAUGAGAGACUGCAUGUAACCAUUACCGAUGAUAAAACCGUACCAGAAUUUUUACAUUUCAAGAAUGAGAGGAAAAUGCCCAUAGCAAGGGUAGACUCAUCUCCCGGUUUCUUUGUGUUUCCCUCUGUUCAGUCAUUCGACGUAUUCAAGGCAAAUGAUGGUGAUUUGAAUCGAAUAGAACUCGACUCAAACGGUGUUGGUAUACCUCUAUUCCACUUUGUCAGAAAACUGGGACUCGAUUUAUCGUACGAUAUCUAUGUCUACGAGCUAAGAUCUGUGGAUGAUGCUCCUCCAUAUGCAGCUCAUCAGUUGUUUCACAGCACAAGUGAAUUCAAGAUCUAUAGAUCACUAUAUGGUACAAUUUCUCUCAAUAUAAAGUUGGGUACCAUGGAUUAUGAGUUCCAUGGUGAUAAUGAACCUUUUGUCAUGUCCCACAUGAAGAAAUUUAGAGACCUAGAUACCAAAAUCUUGGGUAGUGACUUCACAUGGCAUGUCACUUUCAAUCCAGUCUUACGAAGCGAUCAUUACAAGUUGCUUCUACAGGACGACCGUGAAUCUAAGUUCGUGGCUGCCCAUUAUACCUCUGAAAACUCGGAUCUUCUUUCCAUUAUAAGUACUGUCACUAAGACUGCUGACAUUAUUGUGGGUGAUGAUUCGAAUGGAUCUUUUGGUAUAUAUGACGUCUCCCACAUGACAAAAUUGAUCGUAUGUCAAGGGCUACUCAUUCAUCAAUUGGAAUUGCAGAAACAAAGACCAAAAAGUAUUAAAAGAGAAGGCAAGGCGCUUCUAAGAAUGGGAGUGAACGAAAGACUUUCUUAG